AUGUAUGUAUAUGCAAUGUUCAUGGAUAAUUAUUCUGAUGUUUUGUACUUGUUUAUGGAUGGGCAUAUAGAACUGCAGACGUACAGAUAUUUUUAUUUUAUAAGUACUCUCACAGUUUACCUGUUGAUUAUUAGUGUUAACGCUGUUGUCCUUUUUGUCAUUUACACAAACAAAUGUCUCCAUGAGCCGAUGUACAUUUUCAUUGCUGCUUUACUUUGCAAUUCACUUUUUGGAACGACUGCCCUUUAUCCUAAACUGCUGAGUGAUUUUCUAUCUGAAAGACCAGCUACUUCUUACUCAGCCUGUCUGUUUCAGGCCUUUUCUAUUUACACAUACGCUGCAUCAGAGUUCACGCUCUUAUCAGCUAUGGCCUAUGACAGAUAUGUGUCGAUAUGUAAACCGUUACAAUACGCAAAACUUGUAAAAAUGUCCACUGUGAAAAAGCUCUUAUUUUUCUGUUGGUUUUUUCCUGCUUGUGAAAUUGGAAUAUUAAUAAUACUAACAUCCCGACUUCGGCUGUGUAAAUUUAAUUUAGACAGAAUUUACUGUAAUGAUUACUCAAUUGCAAAAUUAAGCUGUGGAGACACAUCAGUUACAAAUUUAUAUGGACUGUUUGGUUUAAUUAUUACUGUAUUUCCACCAGUGAUCUUCAUAAUCUACUCAUAUGUUAGAAUAUUUGAUGUCUGUUUAAAGAAUUCAAAAGAGUUCAGAAGAAAAGCUCUGCAGACCUGCUUCCCACACCUUUUGAUUUUCAUAAUUUUCUCUUUUAACUCUUGCUUUGAAGUGAUUAACACUAGAUUAGAAGGAAAUGUACCUCAUAUUAUUUCUGUGAUAGUGCCAGUUGAAAGUUUCGUCAUUCCUCCUCUUAUUAAUCCUAUUAUGUAUGGAUUAAAACUGCAAGAGAUUUACAGUAAACUCAAGAAAAUGAUGUGGAAAAGGAAGAUACAUACAUCUUUUUAG